AUGAUCAAGCAUCUCGGUCCGGUGGCGCGCAGAGCCCUCCUCCGCGUGAUUAACCUCUCGUGGAGAGUCGGGGAAGUCCCCCGGGAGUGGCGCACGGCCACCGUGGUCCCGAUCCCCAAGGCCUCUAAGGACAAGCGUCUGCUGACGAGUUACCGCCCGAUCGCGCUUACAAGCAGCGUCUCCAAGCUCGCCGAGCGACUGAUACUAGCUCGGCUUGCGUUCGUGGCGGAGAGUCGCGGCCUCGUCCCUGAUGAACAGGUGGGCUUCAGAGCCAAGCGGUCUGCAGAAGACAGCAUUGGCCGGCUCGUCCAGAACGUCCAAGACGGAUGGCAGCGGCCCAAGUAUGACAGGCGUGCUGAACGACCGGACGGCAGCACAGCCCAGAAGUACCUUCUCACCGCGUACGACUUCAGCCGAGCGUACGACGUGGUGGACCACAAACUACUGAAGCUGCGCCUCCUCGAGCUGGGCCUCCCUCUGUGCCUGGUUCGCUGGGUGUGGAGCUGGCUACGAGACCGUCGUGUGCGGGUUGAGGUGCAGGGCGCGCUCUCCAAGGAGCGGAUCUUCCGCGCGGGCCUCCCUCAGGGAAGCGUCCUGUCCCCCCAGUUGUUUUUGUUAUGGGCGGCAGGACUAGCCGAGGCUCUCCGCGCAGCUGGCAUCUCACCGUACAUAUACGCUGACGAUACUGCUGUGCUCAGCUCCGGAAACACUCUGGAGACGGCGAUACAACGCGCCCAGACAGCGGCGGACGUUCUGGCCGCCUGGGCUCACCGAAACAAGAUGCUGGUGGCCGGAGAGAAAACCCAGCUGCUAGUGCUGUCGCAGAACGCCAAGGACGCCGUCGGGUGCACCAUCAAGGUGUCAGGGAAGACGGUGCGGGCGGGCGACUCACUGGUGCUCCUGGGCAUCGAGAUCGACCGCCGACUCCAGUUCGGAGCACACUGCCGCCGUCUGAGAAGACGGGUCCGCCCCCGCGUCGCUCACCUGAGACGCCUAGCCGGCCGUAGCUGGGGGCUGGACGAACAGGCUCUGCGAACAGUCGCAAACGGAUAUGUCCGGGGGGCUCUGGAGCACGCUGCCGCUGCAUGGCUGCCAGCGGCAGCGCCAUCUCACGCCGAGCUCAUUGAGCGCGAGAUGAGGGCGGCCGCGCGGAUCGUCACCGGAUGCCCCCGCUCCACGCCGACACACGCGGUGAUGGCGGAGGCGGGGCUGGCCCCUAUGGAAGAAAGGAAGAAGGUCCUCGCCGCUCGGCUACUGGGCCGUGCCCUGGCGCUACCGCCGACCGACCCCCUGCGCAGGACAGCUGAGGCCACGGCGCCCUCGCGGCUGUCUUCUGUGAGGGGGUGGCGAACGCUGGGCCGCCAGAUGCUGGCUGAGGUGGAGGUCACCGCACCAAUCGAACCGGUGCUGCCUCCUCGCAUCCCGCCGUGGGAGCGCGGAGGAAACGUCACAUUCUGCCUGGACGUGGGGCCGCUACGAACCGGUGCGACAGAGGGAGAGAAGAUACGGGCUGCCACCCGUCAUCUUGCCGCUCUGCCACAGAGAGCAACCUGGUUGUGGACAGACGGCUCCGUGGAGGGUGGCGUCAAGGACGGAGGCUCUGGAGCUGUGGUCAUCUGGUCGGACGGGGAGGAGGAGGACCUGAAGACACCGGCCGGUCGACACUGCUCCAGCUACCGAGCAGAGAUGCUCGCCCUGGCGUCCGGGCUUGAGCACCUGCUCGACAACCCACGAGACCGUGACAUCCCCAUCGUGAUCUGCACGGACAGUAUGGCUUCCCUGGCUACCCUCCGGGCGGGGCCAACCGCGCAGACGUCACCGCUAGGCGUCAGGAUCUGGCGGGCGUUUUCGCGUCUGUCCCGGGAGGGUCACCGCCCGAUUCACGCCCAGUGGGUGCCUUCCCACUGCGGGAUCGAAGGCAACGAGCGGGCAGACGCCAUAGCAAAGGAAGCGGCGGAGUUACCACAGGAGGACAUCCCCGUCGACACCAGGACCAUCUGCCGAGCAGUAGCCAGAGCCGCCAGAGAGGCUACCAUCAAGAACUGGCCAGCCGGGUGGUUCCGGUCCGUGAUGGGCGACCGCCUACCGCCCCGAGUUACCGGCCUGGAGCGGUCCAGCGCGGUGGAUGUCCACCAGCUGAGGGCCGGGCACUGGUCUGGUGCCCGGUCCUACCUGCACAGAAUCGGACGCUCCCCGUCUCCGAUCCCAGGCGGAUGCCAGGGGUGCAACAGGGACGAAUGUCGAGAGUCCUGGUGCCCCCUGUGCCGAGAGGAGCCGGACAAGCCGGACCAUGUCCUCCUCCGCUGCCCCGCCCUGAUGGGAACGAGAACAAGAACAUGUUAUACCAUCCACCCGGAACCGGAGGAGGUCCGGGAGACCGCCGUGGUGGCGGCCCUGGCGGCGGCCGCCAGAGGCGCCCAGAGCCGACAGGCUACACUCCACUGA